GUUAUUUUUCUUAUUUCGUGCACCUGUCCAAGCAGAGAUCUCAUGUGUUUGAGCUUUUGCUUCUUUUCCUGAUAGAGUACGUCAUUCUUUGCUGAGCCUUGGGUUUUGUAAUAUGGAUGGUCGCGAUGCCAGCUAGCAUGCCUGUCAUACGAACCAGAUGUUACAAACCGUGCCUUUUCCUCCGUUCCAAGCACUUUUUAUCUCUUGUGGAACCUUAACUUGGUUACAGAAAUUGCUCGCCAAGCCAAUGAUGAAGAAUCUGUAUCCCAACUCAUUAUUUUCCCGCGUGAAAACUGAUCCGACACAGGAGCUCAGCAAAGAAAAAAAUACCCUUGAUCCGUGGUUUACCGGUUCCCUCAUGGUCAGACCCCACUUUACUAUUCACUAACCAAGUAACAAAAUGACGUACGAUAUCCUGUAGCAUGACAGAAAGUACCUAAACAUUUGAG